UGGAUUGUGUUGAACUGGUUUGAUGCUGGUUUUUCACCUUGUUUCAAACUUGGUUUUCGACUGGUUUAGGCUUUGUUUAGACUUGGUUUUUGGCUCAUUUGGUUUUGAUGGGUUUUGACAUAGUUGUAGACCUGGUUUUACGCUGGUUUUGCACAGAUUUUAAACUGGUUUUGGACUUAAUUUUACACCAUUUUUGGGUUGGGCUUAGAAUCAUUUUCAACUUGGUUUUGAUCAGCUUUUGAUGUAGUUUUAGGCCUGAUUUUAGAUUGGUCUUAGACCCAUUUACAGAACUGGUUUUGAAUUGAUUUCUGACUGCUUUUUGACCGGUUUUGGACCUCGUUUUAGACCAGGUUUUGCACUGACUUUAGACUAGGUUUUAGAUGAGUUUUUGGCAUUGUUUUACACCUGGUUUUGGACCAAUUUUAGGCUGGUUCUAAACUUUGUUUUAGACCGGUUUUGGAUUGGUGUUAGUCUUUUUUUUUAGACUUGGACUGCUUUCAGUUGGGGUUUUGACCUAGUUUAACAUUGGUUUUGGAUUGGUUUUAAUGUCGUUAUGAACUGAUUUAAGAGUGGCUUUGAACGGGUUUCAAACUCGUUUUGGACUCAGUUUGGACCAAAUUUUCGGCUUGGUUUUGGACUGGUUUUAGACUUGGUUAAGAUAGGGUUUAGACUUGUUUUAGGGUUGGGGUUUAGGGUGAUUUAUGGGUUUAAACUGGUUUUGGACUUGUGUUUGAACCUGUUUUCAGAUCUGAUUUUGAGUUUAGGAUUUUUUUACAGCUUCAGACCGGUUUUAGACUUUUUAUUCAACCUAGUUUUAGACCAGGUAGGAUAGGGUUUAGAAUGGUUUUGGACUCUGUUUCUUGGACCUGGUUUAAGAUUUGGUUUUGGACUGGUUUUAGGCUUGGUUAAGAUCGGGUUUAGAGUGGUUUUAUGGUUACGGUUUAGGCUUUUUAAAGGCUCAGACUGGUUUUCUGCCUUCUUUCGUUGCUUCAUUGUGACGUUUCAGCUCCAAACUGAGGAACUUUUUGGUAUCUGUUGGCUGACCUCAGCUCCACAUCGUCAUCCAAACACCGGAUGAGGAAACAUUUGGAAGAAGUCUGAGAAUCGAUGUGGGGCUCCGUCACGUUGCUGAGACUCUUUAUUUUCCUUUAAUCCGUCACAGUGCAGAUGUUCGUGAACUCAGAUAAGAGAACGAAACAACAAACAGCGUGGAGGUCGCAGCAGAUAGCAUCACUCUGUAAAUAUUGAAACAGCACCGAGGAGCCUCAUUAUUUAUCCUGAAAAUCUCCAGCUAACCUUCAACAAACCUUCAACAAACCUCCAUCCGACCUUCAGGUUUCAGGUCCCGUCAGGGUUUGAUUUGUGGCUUUAAACUGUGUGAACCUGCUGAAGUAUAAAAGCUGAACAUCGCUGAGUCGGAUUCACUCUGAAUGAGCCCGGUGGAGUGUCACCAUGACGACGAUGAUGGUGAUGGUGAUGACGAUGGUGGUUUGUGUCUCUGCUGCUUCUCUCGGCGGCUGCAGACGAGAUGACGUGAAGGUUGAAGGUUCUCACCCAGAGAACGUCUCCACCAGCCUUAAGUCUCAUCAGGAUGCCAACGAAACUCUAGAUGUCUCCACAAGAGUCGACUCUCAUCUCAACGUCAACAAAACCCUGGAAGACUCAGCAAGAAUCACCAUUAAUCAGGACGUCAACAGAACCAUGGGCGACUCCAAACAAGACGUGACGUUGAACUUGCCAAUAAAUGAAACUUCAAUCACUCCAUUAAUCUUCGUUUUUCCGCUGGACGACCUGAAACCCUCUCAGGACAUCUUGGUGCGUGAUUGUCCGCUGCCCACCUGUCUGACGCACAACCUCGGCUCGUCCCUCCAGCAUGGCGAUGAGACGGCGGGUCGAGACGCCAGCGAUCCACUGGGAUUCGGAAAGAAAUGAAAGGAAGCAGCUGUUAGACCUUCAUCAUCUCUGCAGCGGAUUCUGACGUUUCCACCUGUUCUUCAUCGUCAUCAUCAUCACUGAGCUGAUCGUCUCCUCCUUGAGCCAAUCAACUCGACUGAUUAACGUCCUGAGAAGAUCACACACACUUGAGAAAUUGCAGUGAGAAGAAACAAAAAAUAAAAUUAAGAGAACCUGAGACUGUAAAAAACAAAAACAAACAACUGAGGUAGAUGUUUACUACAGUUCCCAGCAUGCACUUCAGCAGGAAGCGUCCAGUCACAGAGCUGUCAGGUUUCAUCACAUUGGAAGCUUUUAGUAACUGCCGAACUUCUUCUGUUCCCGUCUGACGAAUUCUCCGGAGGUCAAAACGUCAAUGUGUGGUCACAUGACCAGCAGAGUCACAUGACCAGAAGUCACAUGACCAGCAGUCACAUGACCAGAAGUCACAUGACCAGGGCUGUGCUUGAUCACGCUGGAGUUGUUUGAACAGUUAAAAUCAGCUAAAACAUGAUUCGCCUACUGCUGUUGCUAUCUUGGUGAUUUUGUGUUCCACAUCUCAUCCUUCGUCUUUUUGUUUUCAUGUAUCAAAGUAUCAUUCAGUCGUACUCCACCUGAAAUUAAAGACAGGGUUCUGGAUGUCUGGACCAGCUGUUUGGAUCCAGUUUGGUUUCUGUAACUUUCCUCCCACUGGUUUCUCUAUAAUAUGAUCCUAAACGCUGUGAGGCGACUGGUGUUGUCUAAACAUGAAUAAAACCAUGAAUCAA